CAAGGGGUGAGCGCUGAGGUGGUUGUGAUUGGGCGGAGGGACUGUAGCCUCCCGGCUCUGACUGAGCGAGCGAGGGUCCCGGUGUGUUGAGGAAGAUGAUGUUGGGUAGCCCCUGGAGUAACCUCACCCCCACACAGAAGGCCAUGGUGGUGAUUGGGGUUCCUGCUGGUGCAGUAGCUGGAUAUAUCUUGUACAGGAGAUACAGGGAGAGGCGAGAUGAACACUGUGUGCUGGUCAGUGACAAUCAGAUGGCCAUGGAUAUGAAAGUUCCUCGAGAUGCUGUGAAAGUUAUAAUCGGACGCCAGGGCUCCACGAUUAAACAGCUUCGGAAGGAGACGGGAGCCCGGAUCGAGGUGGAGGAUGGCGAGGAACUGGCGGGAGGUUCGGAGGGCCCGACCGAGAGACUGCUCACCAUCAUCGGCUCGCCGGUCCAAGUGUGUCAGGCCAAGGUGGCCAUUCAUCAGCUCCUGGCUGACAGCACCAAGGUCACCGAGGAACUGCGGGUACCCCACCGCGCGGUGGGUCGCAUCAUAGGUCGCGGAGGAGAGAGCGUCCGGGAGAUCUGCCGGGCCACGGGAGCGAAGGUCUUGUGCGAGGAGCCGGGCAGGCAGCCCUUGGAGGUGAACCGCCUGGUCAGGAUCAGCGGGACGAGGCGAGAAGUGGCCUCAGCCAAGGCCCUGAUCCUGGCCAAGGUGGACGAAGAGGAGGCUUUCCGCCAGAGGCUAGCCUCCUCAGCGGCCAGGCGGAGGCAGCGCAAACACCCCAUCGGCCGGCGGGCAGAGCGGACACCAGGAGAGGAGAGCAGCGGCUCGCCAGCCAGCGACGGAGAGUGGGCGCCAGACGCCGGAGAGAGUGCGGCAGACUCCGCGUUCACCGGGAAACCUCCGGAGGAGCCAGCAGCUGUGGAGAAAGACGGCCCGACGCCAAACAGCGCCAGCCCGGUCUCCAAAUUCGAGAUCCCCAGCCCGGAUUUCGGUUUCCCGGCCGAUGAGCACCUGGAGGUCUACGUCUCUGCCUCGGAGAAUCCCAGUCACUUCUGGAUCCAGAUCCUGGGAUCCCGCUGUCUGCAGCUGGACAACCUGACCAGGGAGAUGUCCCGGUACUACAGCGGACUCUCCGGGACAGGGGAGGCGUUCUUCCCGAAGCCGGGGGACAUUGUGGCAGCCCCGUUUGCGGGCGACAGCUCCUGGUACCGGGCGCGAGUGCUGGGCUUCCUGGCGAGCGGUCACGCCGACCUCUACUACGUGGACUACGGGGACAACGGCGCAAUUCCCAUCGGGCGGCUGCAGCUCCUCAGGAGUGAUUUCCUGAGCCUGCCGUUCCAGGCUGUGGAAUGCUGCCUUGAUGGAAUCCAGCCACCCGGGACUGAGUGGACCAAUGAGGCGCUGAACUGCUUCGAGGCGCUGACCUACUGUGCCGGCUGGACCAUCCUCCUGGCCAGGAUCUGCAGCUAUUCGCAGAGGGGGGGCAUCACCAGGCCUCAGGUGAAGCUGUUCGACCGCACUCGGGGCGAGAACCUGGAUAUUGGAGAGGAGCUGAUCCGACUGGGACAUGCCGUCCGGUCUCCCCGAACAGUGGGAACCACAGCCAGGAGUGAGCCCACCACAGUCCCCCUGCAGAAGCUGCUGAACGAAGUGGCUGGUGGAAUGGAUGGGGAUCCGAUUUCCCAACCAUCAGUGAGGAGUCAGGAGGAACACACCUCGACACCGUGGCAGUCUGACUCAGAAAAGACAAUGAUGAAAAGUGAACACUUCGUUCCAGUCAAUGUCUUGCAGACCGGAAUGACAAUUAAGAUGAAAAUCCUGGAAUUAAGUUGGGGAUCUCAGAAGAAGGUCAAGAUGAAUCAUCAACUCAUCACCUUUGGCUGA